AACGGGUAUUUUCACAUCUAGAGACGUGAUGGUGCCAGAGUGCCGAAUGAAUUCGCUCUAUUGGAUGGCGAGGUAGACGGAUGUUUAAGCUACAGGCAGGGGAUUGAAUUUUGUUAUUUGCGUUAUCAAAGAGUAAAAAUGCGCGGUCGUGUGACAGGCCAGGCCAUGGAGCUGCUGGGCAGCGGCGCCUCUAGGAUCAGCGUGAGCAGGCUCUUUCUGUCCACACCGGCCAAAGCAGCCGCUCCGCUCAGCGACAGAAGAUUUCGGUCUACAUCGUCCAUGUCCAGUUACACUGAGCUGGCUCGGGAACGGUCCAAAACCGUUACGUCUUUCUACAACCAGUCUGCCAUCGACGCGUCUGCCGAGAAGCCUUCUGUCAGACUGACACCAGCCACUAUGCUGUAUGCAGGGAAGUCUCCUGAUGGACAACAUGUCCUGAGCAGUGGCAGGUAUCUACACAAAGAGCUGCCUGUCCGUAUCGCCCAUCGCAUCAAGGGCUUCCGCAGCCUGCCCUUCAUUAUCGGCUGCAACCCAACCAUUCUCCAAGUGCACGAGCUUUAUAUCAGGGCCUACCACAUGCUGAGCGACUUCCCAGCUAUAAAAGACCAGGAGACUGAGGCUCGGUAUAGCAAACUUGUAAAACAGCUUCUUGAUGAUCACAAAGAUGUUGUCACCAUGUUAGCUGAAGGAUUCAGGGAAUGUCGUAAACACAUAACGGACGAGACUCUGGUUCGUAAUUUCUUGGACACAACGUUGACGUCUCGUCUGGGCAUACGCAUGCUGGCCACACACCACCUUGCCCUGCAUGAGGAUAACCCUGACUUUGUAGGCAUUAUAUGCCGCCGCCUGUCCCCUAAAAAGAUCAUCGAGAAGUGGGUUGAUUUUGCUCGACGGCUCUGUGAGCAUCAGUACGGGAACUCUCCACGGGUUCGCAUUAAUGGCCAUGUGGCGGCCCGCUUUCCCUUCAUUCCACUGCCGCUGGACUACAUCUUGCCUGAGCUGCUAAAGAACGCCAUGAGGUAACGUUCCUGUCACAUA